ACAACUAGAAAUUAAAACUUUUAGACACACAUUCGAGGAACACACGAAAAAGUGACAGUGUUGUAUAAUUAAGUUAUAUUUUUUCAUAGUUUCGCUAUAAGCAUCUGGCAACUUUAACUACUCGCGCUUUGCAGCACUGGAAUUCAGUUCAAGGAACUGACGUAAAGGAAAAGUGCUUUUCUUACUAUGCGUACAAAUAUGGCGAGCAAGUUUCUUAGUGUUGUUGGCUCCAAGCUACUCAAAUCCACCCCGAGUGCGCUCAACUGGACAUCAAUGCGACGCAGUGGCUCCACCAAAGCACGAUCCUGGUUUAGUGCACGUCCCAAACUUUUGGCCUUUGGAGCUUUAGCUGGCACUGCGGGAUUGCUGUUGUACGCUUUGGACGCCAGCGUUGAGGCCUCGGAUGAUUGCGUGCAUCCACCCAAACAGAACUGGGAUCACAAUGGCUUACUGUCAGCCCUGGACAUGGAGGGCGUGCGUCGUGGCUACAAGGUGUACAAGGAAGUGUGCGCCUCGUGUCAUUCGCUGCAAUACAUUGCCUAUCGCAAUCUCGUGGAUGUCUGCAUGACCGAAGCGGAGGCCAAGGCGGAGGCCGAAGCAAUCACUGUGAAGGAUGGGCCCGAUGAACAAGGCAAUUACUUCGAACGUCCUGGCAAACUGUCCGAUUAUAUGCCGGCUGCAUAUGAAAACGAAGAAGCUGCUCGGGCCGCCAACAAUGGAGCUUAUCCGCCGGAUCUGAGCUAUAUUGUGGCUGCUCGUAAGGGAGGCGAGGAUUACAUAUUCGCCCUGUUGACUGGAUAUUGCGAGGCACCAGCUGGAUUUUCCCUUCGCGAGGGUCUCUACUAUAAUCCGUACUUUUCGGGAGGUGCCAUUGCAAUGGGUCAGUUGAUCGAUAAUGAGGUGGUCACCUAUGAUGAUGCCGAGAUCGCUCCGACGAGCAGUCAAAUUGCCAAGGACGUGGUGACUUUUCUCAAGUGGACAUCGGAGCCGGAUGGGGAUCAACGUAAGCGACUACUGGUCAAAGUGGUUAUGAUUUCGGCCUUUUUGGUGGGCAUCAGCUACUACAUCAAGCGCUUUAAGUGGUCUUCGUUGAAGUCACGCAAAAUCAUGUUUGUGCCAGAGAUAAAUGAGCAGAGCAAGUCAAAUGGCGAAGGGAAGAAUUGUCCAAAAUAAUU